AUGGAAUCUAUAACGGAACCACAAAAUGCAAAUGAGACUUCCGCUGGUAGCUUGGGUCUGGGAGCCGCCCUCGCAGUCGCCUAUGAUUUGACAGAGGACCCGAAUUUCUCUCAACCCAGCUACGUCCAUCCCGAGACCACCAGUGUGCCUCUAGCCUCCGCGGCUCCCCAAUCCGGAGUUAUAGUUCUUUCAAAAAAUCCCUAUCAUCCCACUUUCUCUGCCCAGGCUCAACCCGUCCGAUAUCAUGCCGGUGAUCCCUACUGGGCCGUUUCUGGCUGUCCACAGCCACUGCAGCAGCAUCAACAGCAACAGAUUUCUGUGACUUCCACAGCUGCUAUUCCGAUGACGGCCUACCUCAAUCCCAUUCCCGUCUCAUCCCCUACUAGCUGUCCUCGUGGUCCAGAAAGUGGAUCUUUUUUCCUUCAAUCUGUUUCUCAACCUCCUCCUUCCACUUCUGCUGCUACCCUAGCGCCUUCUACGGCUGAUCCCAUUGGCUAUGUAGACGGCGGUCCGGCUAGUGAGUCCACCAUGUCCACGGAUUCAAUGGUGUCAGUGCGCUCGGACACUAUUCCCACCUAUCCACCUACAUCUGAGAUUGGAUACACGAUAAAAACUGUUUCUCAGGCUCCUGUUAUGCCCAACGCCGGUCAUCACAGUGGCAUCAACAGCCUUAACAACACCACUACCUCUUCCACUCCAAACAGUCGACGGCAUGAAGACCAGAGACAGGCAGCUGUUCCUUCAUCUGGUUCAGAUGACGGAUUGUAUGAAUUAUCAGAGGAGGAUGUCAAGGAGAUCGAUGACAUGCUCACCCAAAAUCCCCAGGUGACGUCCAGUCGACACUGGAAGUACUACGUCGAAACGAAUGAGUGGACUCGGGCCACAUGCGCUCUAAUGGCUUGCCUUUUUUCUCGCGAUCAGAUGGCCAAUUCCACCGUGCUGGGUCGUGGUGGCUCCCAGCGCGAACGUCUGCCCACAAACCUUGUCGCCUACGUUGUCACCAAAAUGCGUCGUCGAUUCAACAAAUCAGCAGCAGCAGUUCGAGCUCGGAUGGCGCAGAAAUGCAAAGACGAGCGUCGUUUUGGUCGCGUUCUUCCCUCUGGCACGAUUGCAACGAAUCCCGAUCGAUCGCACCCAAGUUCUUCCUCUGCCACCGGCGCUGCCUCCUCCUCUUCCACAAUCACCGCUUCCACUUCCUCCACCACAUCGGGUAACAGCUCCAGACAGUCUACACUGAAUCGUCGUCGGAGUGCCGCUUAUGCUGCUGCAAGUGCACCGCUAGCGAAGAGUCCGCGACUUUCGCUAGCUCCGCAGCCUCCGCUACCACCACCACUGCCGUCAGUAGCACCGAUACAACUAGCUCCGACAUCAACUAUGCUCACAUCUCUUCCUUCAGAGGCGUACGCGCCGCCGUCAGCAGUCAAUUCUGCGCCGGCAACAGCUUCUGUCGUUCACGAUCCACCUGUCAUUCUAGCCUCAGCACCUGAGAUGGCAAGCUGA